AUGGUAGUAUGUACAACGAUCCGUAGAUCUUUGUUAAGACACGAAAACCCUUACCAAUGCAAGCUAAGGCUCCAUGCCCCGUUGCUUCAUCUUCAGACGCAGCAAGUUGGGCUUGGGACAGCUUGGAGUCUUUGCGUCCUCUCCUCGCGCCUUGUAGAAGGCAUUACAGCACUCAUAGAGGGCAUUGAUCUGGGACUGGCAUUUCUCCUCCUGAAUGUUCUGUCUGUGACCUACAGCUCGUGGAUGGCAAGGCGGGUCAAAUGCUAUGUCUUCCUUAAGUCCGCCCUGCUAUCUGUUACUCUCAACUCAAACGGGAGUCAGUGGUUACACUCAUACCAUGACGCAAUAUACUAUACUCAGCCAGAAAACCGGCAACAAGACAGAAAGGAAGCUCAAGUCUCAGUAAGAGUAGUAACACCUUUGAUCUCAUUCACUGCAGCGAAGCAGCGGGAAGUUGGACCUGCGCCGCAAAAUAGAUUCUCCGAUAUUUAUAACUGGUGGGGGUUGCCUUCAUCGCCUCCAGCUCAGUUCAACACCCAUCCUUUUCUUCUCCCAGUCGUUUCUCACGUCCACCAGCUUCUCCUUCUCGUCCGUCUCUCUGCCGGUGUUCUAGCGCGUAGUUCCGAUCUUCCCAAGCGGCAAACAGGUGAGCCACUCAAACACCGCAGCAGUGACGAACGACUUGCGACGGGAAGUCCAUGA